AUGCAGCUGUUGAUUCACAGUAGCGACUUUGCUCAUCUUGCGCAGAUGAUGAUGAAGAGGCAUAAGAUCGAGAAGGAUCUUGGCAUCGGUGGUGAGGUGGGACGGUCAAGGAAUGCCGAGUUGGCAAAGACAAACCCUACACUGGCAGCGAUGAACAAGAAGUUCGGGAUGAUCCACGGGCUGUCGUCCCUGGCAAACAUCAUGGCAUUCGGCAGCCUGGCCAUGCACUCGUGGUACCUAGCGAGCAAGCUCGAGUUGUGA